AGCUUAAUUCCCUGAUACUUGCAGGGCUAUUGUGCAUAAGAUUCCGAAAACCAAUAUAUCCAGUUCGCUACCUUUCGUUGUGCCCUCGCCGUCGCAGCCGCCGCCCAACCGUCGCGCCCGCGAACUCCUCACGAGAGAAUUUUUGGGUCCUGAUCCGAGGAGAGGAGAUGUCGGACAGCGAAGAGCACCAGUUCGAGUCGAAGGCAGACGCCGGCGCUUCCAAGACCUACCCGCAGCAGGCCGGCACCAUUCGCAAGAACGGCUACAUCGUCAUCAAGAACCGCCCCUGCAAGGUGAUACUGGAUGUUCCCUUGAAAUGUCUACCUUGUAGGGUUGUGGAGGUUUCAACAUCUAAAACCGGGAAGCAUGGUCAUGCUAAGUGCCACUUUGUUGCUAUUGAUAUCUUCACCGGCAAGAAACUUGAAGAUAUUGUGCCAUCUUCUCACAACUGUGAUGUUCCUCAUGUGAAUCGCACAGAAUACCAGCUCAUUGAUAUAUCUGAGGAUGGAUUUGUGAGUCUGCUGACUGAUAAUGGUAACACCAAAGAUGACCUCAAGCUCCCAACUGAUGAAACCCUCCUUGGCCAGAUCAAGGAUGGGUUUGCUGAAGGGAAGGACCUGGUGGUGUCUGUCAUGUCCGCCAUGGGAGAGGAGCAGAUUAAUGCGCUCAAGGACAUAUCGGCCACAAGUAAUCUGCCCUGUUAGCCAUGGGAUGCACUAUUUUCUCGGGUGUGCUUCAUUUUUUUUUUUUUUUUGAGUGUGGUUCAUUUGUGUCUGCCGGUUAAGAUGGAUUUGGGUGUCACAGCCAUUGAGGAAUUUUACCUUUUUGCAGAACUAAGUUGUCAGUGUUUUUUUUUUGAAACGGAGGCAAAAGUUUUGCCUCAUCCAUUAAUUAAGAUAGAAAGUUGUCAGUGUUUGGUCGAUUUGUAGUCCUAAAUUCAUGGGUGAUUGUAUCCUAAAACGUCGCCCCGGGGUUUAUUGACCCCUCUUGACUA